AUGGCACGCGUAACUAAGAGCCAGGAGUUUAUUGAACUGGCCAAGAGGUUCGGCAAUACGCCGUGGUGCGAUGACUACGAGAAGAUGAUUUCAGGCAUGCUAUACGAUUCGUUUGUACCGGAAUUGGUCGAAGGGCGACUGCGGGCGCGGAAGCUCAUCAAAAAAUACAACGACUAUCUUCCAGACGAGGCCACCCCUGAAUCCCUUGCACGAGAUCGCGAGGCCAUGCUAGCACAGCUCCUAGGAUGUGUAGGGAAAGGCGUUGAUCUUGAUCCACCUCUCCGAGUAGAUUAUGGAUGCAACAUCAUUGUUGGUGACGGGGUGUAUGCCAACUUCGGGCUUGUAGUCCUCGAUUGCGCCAUUGUCAGGAUCGGAGACCGGACAAUCCUUGGGCCUAAUGUGCAUAUUUACGCUGCAACACAUCCAACGUCGGUCAAGGAGCGACGGGAGAUCCCUGACUAUUCGAAAGAGGUUACCAUUGGAGAUGAUUGUUGGAUAGGAGGGAAUUCUGUGAUUAUGCCCGGUGUUGCGAUUGGGAAUGGGGUCACAGUUGGCGCAUGCUCGGUUGUGACCAAGGAUAUCCCAAGUUACUCGGUUGCCCUUGGUUCGCCUGCCAAGGUGGUGAAGACAUUGGAUGAAGCUGAGAGGUAG